GCAGGAAGUAGUUUACUAAAGUCCGUACGGAAAAGGUGAAGCGUCGAAAUGGGCUGUUUGUUGGUGAAAUAAACUUUUAAGAUAGAAAAUAUCGCCUUUACAUGUAUUAAAAGGUUAAAACUAAAUAAGCUUUCAGCUCAGUAUCUUCAAGAUGUCACACAGCUACAUCUGGCCGACCUUCUUAACUCAGACUUUUAUACUGGGGGUUUUGUCAACAGAUCCCCUGAACGUGCUGCUCAUCGUGUCAGAUGAUCUGAGGUCAUCCCUGGAGGUCAGCUCACCCAACCUGGAUCAGCUGGCCUCCAAAAGUGCCGUCUUCCUCAAUGCCUUCGCCCAGCAAGCUGUGUGUGGACCCAGCAGGAUCUCGUUUCUGACCAGCCGUCGGCCCGACACGACCAGACUGUAUGACUUUAACUCUUACUGGAGGGUCCACGCCGGCAACUACACCACCCUUCCGCAGUACUUCAAGUCCAAUGGCUACACCACUAUGUCUGUGGGGAAGGUUUUCCAUCCAGGCAUUGCCUCCAAUUUUUCGGAUGAUUACCCGUACAGCUGGUCUGUGCCGACGUAUCAUCCUCCCUCUUUCGCCUAUGAAAAGAGGAAGGUCUGCAAGGGCCAGGAUGGCAAGCUGCACGCCAACCUGCUGUGUGCGGUGAACGUGUCCGAGAUGCCCCUGGGGACCCUGCCCGACAUGGAGAGCACGGCCGAGGCCCAGAGGCUGCUCAGGACCGUGAAAGAUGGCCAGAGUCCCUUCUUCCUCGCCGUGGGCUACCACAAACCUCACGUUCCGUUCAGGAUCCCACAGGAAUUCCUGAAGCUCUACCCGCUGGAGAACAUGAGCCUGGCUCCAGACCCGGACGUCCCCAAGGGCCUGCCCAGUGUGGCCUACAACCCCUGGACGGACAUUCGGAAACGAGAGGACAUGCAGGCCCUAAACAUCAGCUUCCCCUACGGACCGAUCCCCAAGGACUUCCAGCUACGGAUUCGUCAGCACUACUUUGCUGCGGUGUCCUACAUGGACUCUGAGCUUGGAAAGCUGCUGAGCACCUUGGACGAUCUGGACCUGGCCAAGAACACCAUGGUCGUCUUCACCUCUGAUCACGGGUGGUCUCUGGGUGAGCAUGGAGAAUGGGCCAAAUAUAGCAACUUCGACGUGGCCACACAGGUACCGCUCAUCAUUUAUGUUCCCGGCGUGACGUCUGCUGUCGAGAAGCCGGGGAAAAAGACCUUCCCCUUCUGGGAUGUUUUUCAACACCCACACAUGCGCUUCUCAGAAGGGAGGGCCGUGAGGAACGUGGUGGAGCUGGUGGACCUGUUUCCCACUGUGUCGGAACUGGCGGGCCUCAAGCCCCCACCACCCUGCCCCCACUCUUCCUUCGCUGUCCAGCUGUGCACGGAGGGGUCCAGCCGGGCCCUCAGCAUUCAGGUCCUCAAGGAGGGGAUCGACGUGGAGGCCAUCGCCUACAGCCAGUACCCCCGGCCCUCAGACGCGCCGCAGGCCGACUCGGACCUGCCCUCGCUGGCGGACAUCCGCAUCAUGGGCUACUCGGUUCGUUCGCACAGCUACCGCUUCACGGUGUGGGUGACCUUCGACCCGGUAAAUUUCACAGCUAACCUCACGGACAUCCACGCAGGGGAGCUCUACCUCCUGAAGGACGACCCUGGCCAGGACCACAACAUUUACAACAGUAUCAUGCACGGCACCGCCCUGGUCAAGCUCGGGUCCCGGCUCCCUUGGGGCACCGCUUUGCGACAGCACCUGCUAUACUUCACCGCGGGGUCCAAACCCAACGGCACGCCGUGAGCCGGGAAACCAGCCGAGCAGUUUGUCACCGCAGGCGUGGAUGUGCAAUGGCACAGGAACUUAUAUUCAUGUCCUCCUUCUUUAUGCUUUUGUGCUGCACACUUGUACUCUGAGGCCCAUUGUUUGUGGGGUAGUGAGGGACUGUGGGGUGGGGGUGCUCUUUGCAGGGGACAUUUUUAUAGUCUAAAGUGGUGCAGAGUGAGGUUCAAUAGCGUAUUGCUAUUCGUCCCUCCCAAUACGGCCGAGACCAGCACAUCGUACAGCGCACACGCGAGGCCAAAGGGUACGUUGGGGAACGUGAAGGAAACGUGAACCAGAAACCUCCGGAAAACAGGAGCAGGUUCCCUCCAAACCUGGUGUGGACAUGUGAGAACGGAGCCUGGUGAGCAGCUGAAAUGCAGAGCUGGAGGACUGGCGAUGAUAAAUUAAUGUGGUUUCUGUAAUAUAAAACUAUAACAUGUUUAGUUGACCCGUGGGUUCAGAUGUGGAAGACUGGGGUGGGGAUGACAUCAGAACACUACCAUUUCGGUUACUGUCAAACUGCUCAGUAUUUUUUUUCCCCAGCUGUUAGAGCUGCCAGCCCUGCUUGUUAUUUUUAAAUGUCGUCUCGUGUUUGAUAAGUUCAGACUGUGUUCCUCUCAGUGGGGUCCUCAGGCGCGACUUCGGCGCUCCGUGAAUAUUAAACAUCCCCCGGGGUGUCAGCGUGACGCUCUUCAGCUGAGCGUCUGGGAGUGACCAGGGCGACAAAAGCGAUUUGUUAGCGCUCGCGUCGCCCGCCGCACGGGGCGUACCUCCGCUGAGGUGCGCAGGAAUGAUGGAUGUGGGUGUCAACACGAAAAAGGGAAAAUUAUUUCGCUUGGAAUAAAGUCUUAUUUUGUCAACUCUCUGUGGCCUUCUGCAUUCUGGUUCAUGGAGUCACGGCUCAAGGAUUUGUAAUAUGUUUUCCCCCACUUCUUUUCCCCUUUUCUCUCAGCUUAUUUUUGUUCUUACAAGUUACAACUUGGGAUGUGAUGUCAGCUGUAGAAGAAUCGAAGUCCGGUUCAUUAUCCUGCCAUCCAUUACAAAUGACCUCUUGUCCACUGCAGCGGUGGGGUGAUCUGGAGUCUCUCUGAGGGUAGCUUUACACCCACUCACACCAAUGGGCAAUUUAGAGUCACGAGUUCAUCUAAAAUCAUGUCUUUGUGCUCUGGGAGGAAACCAGAGCACCUUGAGAAAGGUGUGAGAAAUGGGGAGAGGACAUGCGAACUGAAACUGAACUAGUUUCGAGCCCACUUCUAAGCCUGUGUCCCAGGAACAGUGAGACACCAGCACUGCUCAUUAUACUGCUUAUUCUGUCAUGUCU